UGAAAACCACACAAGACAAGAAGAGGCAAUGAUGGUCUUAUCCAGCAGCAUCUUCUCCAUGAGCAGAGCUUCAACGGCUAUGGCGUCCCUAACCAAUGACUCUCCAUCACCCCUUCCAUCGAAAGCUACAAAGAAACCGACAAGAAUCAGCCAAAAGAACGGGAAUGAAAAUCAGCAACUAUCACGGAAGCAACGGCGUGAGAAGAAGCCAUCAAUAGCUCAGAUCGAGCGAGCAUUUGGCGCUGGAUCAUAUCGUGAUUCUGAAGGGGAAAUGGAUAUGAAUACAGUAUUCGAUGAGCUUCUUCUAGGCCAUGCUAACAAAUUCGAAGGAAAGCUGGAGAAGACGCUACGAGAGGUUGGCGAAAUGUUUGUAGACCGAACAGAGUCUAAGCUUCGUUCAUCCGGGAAACCAGUUUUGAUGUUUACACUUCAAUGGAUACUUCCUAUAUGGAUUGUGUCUCUGCUUUUCGCUUGUGGAAUCAUCAAACUUCCCUUUAGCCUCCCAUUACUUGAUGACUUGAUCAUGUGAUUGUACCUUAGACACCACAUAUUUACCAUGAUCACAAUCACUUUUGUGUGUUAGCCCCAUAAUAAUCUCAAAAGAAAGCGAUUUCUGUGAACA